AUGGACCAGUUUGGGCCACCCUUCUUCUCCCCCUCAGACCCCUAUGCCGGCAGCCCAUAUGCGAGCCCGGCCGGUGGAGGCUCCAGCUUCCCCGAAUUCCAGUACGAGCUGGGGUCCGACUCCGGCAUCUUCCCCGGCGGCCCCGGCUCUCCCUUUGACGGAGCCGCUCCGUUGCCGCUUCCUCCGGGCACUCUGAGUGAUGCCGGACAUUUCUGGGCAACGGAGGUGCAACAGCAGCCGCAGCAGUCACUGCAAGACACUACCAGGAGCCUCAACGCCAUCGACGAGUUCUUCAUCAAAAACGGCGCCCAUCGGCCACCUGUACCCUGCAACUACUGCAAACGCCUACGGCUCCAGUGCCUCAUCCUGCAGACGACGGAGGCAAACCCAAACCCCGUCAGCUCUUGUUCUAGUUGCGUAGCCCUCUACCGCGAUUGCAGUCUUGCUGAGCGGAGCAAGAGAGAAGCCUCUGCCUACGAAACUGUUCUCCCAGUCAUUGGUCAUCUGCACGGCGUUUGCGAAGAGGUCGACGAUGCCACCACCCGCGAGGGGACGACGCAAUGGCGCAUCGAGCGAGAGGCUGCUCCAACGGCAACUCGAUCAUCGUCCGUCUCACAUAAGAGAAACAGCACUCGGUCCGUCAAGAAGACUAGGGUCCUGAGAAACUGGUUCGCCACUCAUCAAGAGCAUCCGUAUCCAUCCGAAGACGAAAAGUCUAUGCUAUCCGAGCAGAGUGGCCUCAGUAAGACGCAGGUUAUCAAUUGGUUCGCCAAUGCUAGGCGCCGUCAUCGUCUGACCGCCCAGUCGCACUUCAACAACAGCAGUAAAGUGUUUCUGCAAGGAUCUCCUAUGCCUCAGACAUUCCUGAGUGGCAUGUCACCGAUGGAGCGCUGGAGACAUUCUCCCCCAAAUGAGGAACCGGUCUCGGCAUCGGCCAUCGAGAACGCCAUCUCUAACCAGGGUGACGAGGGAGAUGCUUACCUCUACAGCUUCGACGGCAAUUACGGCACCGACGGCGCCCCUUCCUCGGCAAGCAGCGAGUCAGCCGUCUUCAACCAGCACCCUUCAGGUCACUACGAGGCCUCCUCCAACUCUGGAUCGUCUGCCUUUUCCUUCUAUCAAUCCGACGACCCGGGCAUCUUCUCUCUAUCAGCACACAGCUCCAUCCAUGGUGGCGACGGCGAUCUGAUGGCUGGCUCAUCCAAUGCAAGGGCUGCUAGAGGAGCCGCCGCAGAACGAGGAAAGGCCCACAUGUUUCAGUGCACCUUCUGUCGCCAAAGCUUUAAAAAGAAAUAUGACUGGGUGCGCCACGAGAGAUCCAUCCACUUACCUGGCCUCGACUCUUGGAUAUGUAAAGUUCCCCUGCCAGAGGAACAGUCACAUCUUGUUUGGCGCGUGAAUCACAGUGAGCCCGAAUGCAUCUUUUGCGGUCAGGCGUCGCCAACGGAGGAGCAUCUGCAAGCUCACGAGUUUCAGUCCUGCGCAGAGCGUCCUGUGUCAGAGAGAACAUUUACUCGAAAGGACCAUUUAUGGCAACACCUGCACAAGUUCCACCGCUGCCGGAAGUGGGACGGAUGGAAACCGAAUCUCCACCUCUUACAGCAUCGGCAGGACAAGUACGAGAGCGUGUGUGGCUUCUGCCAGCUCAAGAUGCAUAGCUGGGACGAGAGGGUCCAGCAUCUGGCAUCUCACUUUCGCCGCGGCGCAACCAUGGUUGAAUGGACUGGCACCGCAGCCAGCAUAACCGGAGAUGCCGUCCGUAAGAUGUCGUCGAGCAAGGCCCGCGCUGCCCCCCUGAGCGGCGAUGAAGCUGAUGCAUCACUUCCACUAUUUUCCUAG